CCUCCCACUUGUCUGACGGGCCCUCGCCUUCCCCUUCCCCAUCUCCGCCUCCGCCGCCGGCGACGACUCCGUCGAGCGACCCCUCCGCGGGCACCGGGCCACGAUGUACCGCGCCGCCUCCGGCCUCGGGGCCCUCAAGCGGCAUGGAUUGGAUGGUCAAAUGUUGAAUAUUGCGAUUAGAUCUGCUAGCACUAGUGUUGCACAGAGGUCAUCAGGUGGCUUCUGGAGCUGGCUGACAGGUGCACGAUCAAAUGCAUUACCUCCUCCAGAUUUUACACUUCCAGGGGUCACCAUUCCCCCUCCGCUACCUGACUUUGUGGAGCCUGCUAAGACAAGAAUCACAACACUUUCAAAUGGUGUAAAAAUUGCUUCUGAGACAACUGCAGGACCAUCUUGUUCUGUUGGAGUAUAUGUCAAUUGUGGUUCUGUACAUGAAACACCUGAAACACUAGGUGUUACUCAGCUGUUGAAGAAGAUGGCCUUUACAACCACUACAAACAGGAGCCAUUUACGUGUUGUGCGUGAAAUUGAGGCAGUUGGUGGCAGUGUCAAAGCAUCUGCUAACCGCGAGAUGACGAGCUACAAUUAUGCAACCCUGAAGACUUACAUGCCUGAAAUGGUUGAGGUGCUUAUUGAUUGUGUACGCAAUCCUGCCUUUCUUGAUUGGGAAGUCAAGGAACAGAUAUUGAAACUGAAGGCAGAGCUUGCAGAAGCUUCAAGUAACCCUGAAACUUUUCUUUUGGAGGCUCUUCAUUCUACUGGUUAUUCUGGCGCUUUGGCAAACCCUCUGAUUGCCUCUGAAUCCUCGGUUGGCCGAUUGAAUACAGCAGUCCUAGAAGACUUCUUAGCCGAGAACUACACUGCUCCUCGAAUUGUUCUAGCUGCAACAGGUGUUGAUCAUGAUGAAUUGGUAUCUAUUGCUGUACCACUUCUGUCUGACAUGCCCAGUGUAACUGGACCAUCAAAGCCAAAGUCUACCUAUGUUGGUGGUGAAUAUAGACGAACUGCUGAUUCAUUGAACACAGAUGUUGCUUUGGCAUUUGAGGUCCCUGGUGGGUGGCUCAAAGAAAAGGAGUUCGUAACAGUAUCUGUUCUACAGACCCUUCUUGGUGGUGGCGGCACAUUUUCCUGGGGGAGACAUGGAAAAGGCUUGCAUUCACGUCUAAAUCAUCUCUCAAGUGAAUUUGACCAGAUUAAAUCGAUAGCUGCUUUCAAGGAUGUUCACAGUAACACUGGCAUUUUUGGAAUUCAUACAUCUACCGAUGCAGCAUUUGUUCCAAAGGCUAUCGAUUUGGUGACCAGAGAGCUCACUUCUCUUGCCACUCCUGGACAAGUGGACCAAACUCAACUUGAUCGUGCUAAAGCAACAGCUAAAUCAGCAAUCUUGAUGAACCUGGAAUCUCAGGUAUCAGCAUCUGAAGAUAUGGGACGCCAAGUAUUGGCCUUUGGUGAAAGGAAACCUGCUGAGCACCUUCUCAAGGUUGUUGAUGGUGUUACUCCGAAAGACAUUACAGCCCUUGCUGAGAAGAUCAUAUCAUCGCCACUAACAAUGGCAUCUCAUGGAAACGUUCUGAAUGUUCCAACUUAUGAUUCAGUCAGUGGCAAGUUCCACUCGAAAUGAGUAGUAAUUGGGCCUUUGUUUUCCUCUCCUGGAGAAGUUUUAACUGUUGAUAGUUUUUCCUCAGGCCAUUCAUCGGCAAGUUUCAGAAAAAAAUAAGUUUCUUCAUACAAUUUUGAUCAUUAACUCUUGGAUGAUUCGGAAUACCAUAUGUUACCGUUAUGCGAAACAUAUGUCCACUUGAGUUGGAUUUUUCUUAUACUGUUCUCAUCAGUUUUAUGGGACUGUAAAUUUUAGUCAACUCUGGGUCCUCUUUCUGUGGCAGCCAGGGCCUUAAGGGUGUACAAAAUACCUACCAGUCUAUUUUAUGCUUAAUUUUUUUUUACAUGAAUGUUGAAACAACACGUGAAUAAUAUUCUACUCCUGCGUGACAGUGAAGCUCUGCUGGAGAUGCCUCCAAUCCAAAUCGAACUGCUAUGAGCCAUCCCAUUCCCGCA